CAAACAACAUUAUUGUUAUAAUUCAGUGAUUUGAGUUGAACAAACAUAUUUGAACAUUUGAAAAAAUAUUGAAGUUACGUUUUUGAAGUGCAACUAGUAAAAUUUUAUAGUGCAGAAUGGUUAUGGAAAAUCUACAUAGAAAAUUCGACAUGAAUGAUGAAAACCCUGCGUGCAUGUUAUCUGAUUCCAGCUUCUUGCAUUCAACAUCCCGACCAGAGGUUCCAGAGAGAAGUUGUGAUACAAGCAGUGAGGAUAUUUAUCAACAAAAGAAUGACUCUUCUCCAAUGAAUUCUUCAGAUGAAGAGGAUGAUGAAAAUAAUGGACAAUUUUCAGGAACUUCAACCAUGUCGCAACAUAAGAGACGAUUUGCUGAUGUUAAACCACCGUAUUCAUACAUCGCUUUGAUCACCAUGGCAAUAGAAAGUUCGACUUCUGGAAUGAUGACGUUGAACGAAAUCUACAGCUUCAUUAUGAACCGCUUUCCGUACUUCAAAGAAAACCAGCAAAGAUGGCAGAAUUCGAUACGUCAUAAUUUAUCUUUGAAUGAUUGUUUUUUGAAAAUUCCCCGUGCACCAGGGCGCCCUGGAAAAGGAAAUUAUUGGGCCUUACAUCCCGGAUGCGGAGACAUGUUUGGAAAUGGGAGCUUCUUGAGAAGAGCCAAACGAUUUAAACUAAAAAGACAACAACAAGAAGAACAGGCACAUAUUCAACACGUGAGUUCAUAUGGACAUUUUAAUCUUUAUGGUGGACCACCAUCAGGAUACAAACCAUAUCCAUUACCAGCAUUGCCAUCAUUUCCACAGGGCCUUCAUCAAACACAGCAGUAUGGACUUCCUCCGAAAUCCGAAGCUUGGAAUGCCCCAUCAACGUCCGCCUAUUCAUCUUACUACAACACCGGUAACAUCACCAAUUCUUUUGGUUCUUCAUUUGGUUCCUCACUGACUGGUUCUUUAGGAGGAGGAUAUCUGUCUGGUACAAACGUUCAUUCCGUACCACCAUCGAACAAUGCAUUAACAAGUAGUUUUACCAACAAUUUGCCGAACUAUUCAUCACUGCAGCAGAAUCCUUACUGUGCACCGCAAUAUCCAGGACAGUUAAGGCUUCAAGCAACAUAAUAGGACAAUAACUUUGUUACUAAUCGCGUGUUUAUCAAACUGUCUCAGAACUCCAGGUAAAUCUUUGCAAGAACUUUUUUCGCGUAUUUAUAUUGUUUGAUAUUUAUUUUUUAUGUGCUAAAUGUUAAUUAUUUUUGUUGAAAGUUUUAUUUGUAAAUAUAUAUUGUAAAAUAGCAUAAAUGGCGUGAAAAUUCGCUGCAAUGUUAAUAAAUGGUAUUUUCUAAGUA